AUGAUAAGUCAUCAAGAAUGUAAAUGUCGCUGUUUGACUGGGGAAUCGAGGUAUGGUGAAGCAUGUCAAUCCUUCCAGUACUACUUCGACAGCAAUACCUGUUUAAUAAAUAAGCAAAACAGGUUUUCGAAUUCGGAAAAUUUCAACUAUGUACCAAGUUCACAGAAACGCAGUUAUUUCGAACAUAGAUGUGCAACGCGAGAUGAUAUUCGUGCACAAUAUCUGGCCGAUUAUUGCUCCGACUCAUUCGAGAGUCCACAAGGAGGGCAGGAAAACAGUCGUGGUCCCGGUUCGGAUCACGAAAUAGGAACAAAGGAAACGACAACGACGCCGAGCUUGAAGUCCAGAGAUAACGAACACGAUGAGGUUGACCAGUCAAGGGCGACUGAAGAGAUGAGGAAACGCGAGGAUAUCCCAGGGCUUUCAUCAAAGGUACCGAUGGUCAAUAAGAAAGUAGGUUACCACUGUUACUAUAUAGAACAGUAUAAUGCAGUUCUUUUAAAUUCAUUAGCUUCAGCAUGA